AUGCCACAAUUAAACCCUAACCCAUGAUUAUCCAUUUUAUUAACCACAUGAUUAGUCUAUAUUAUAAUUUAUCAACCAAAAAUUAUCUCACUCCUACAAACAAAUAACAUCAACCACAACCUUAAACCCUUAAAUAUUAAUUCCUGAAACUGACCAUGAACUUAA